AUGCCACCGCCCGAGUCACCGCCAGGCUCCCCAGACUCCAAUAUGGCCCUCGUGGAAUCGCUACCCUCCAGCCUUGGUUCAUCGCCUGCCUCAUCCCGGUCAGGCAGUCUGCAUCGUCCAACCAGCAGCGUCAGCAUUACCCUAGGCGUUACGCUAGACGACCAGUCCACGCACGUUCCUACCCCGGUCCAGCACAUCUUCUGCGCUACUCUCAUCAUCCCAUUGGGCGAGGCGCUCUUCAUUCUGUUCCUCAACUUCCUGCGCGACAGGCGCGGAAAUUGCCAGCCGCUCAUCUGGAUCUUGAGCGACUUCAGCCGUUCUCUUGUCGAUAUCAAGACUGAAAUACGCCUGCGUCAGAACAAGUACACAGAGUGCUAUGCGGUCGUGCAGCGCUUCAUUGCUCGGGACGACGAAUCGGUAUUGUUCCAGGUGAAGCUGGUUGGAUGGAAUACGGCUUGGGGCUGGCGCGCACCAAAUGAGGAGGGCCAGCUGGUUGCCUAUGUGCUGGUAGCACUGGAGAAUUGCACCGCACACUACCAGGACCCCGACCGCUUCGCGUACUUCAAGGCUCCUACCUCCCUCAUCAACUACACGUACACCAUCGCAGAGCGGGUCACUGCCGCCAACACAAAGGAGGAGGUCCUGCGUCUCCCCAACGACUCGGUCACUAACGCUCUUCACGAGAGCUUCGUGAUGGAGCCAGACCUCAAGUACUUCUACCGCGGGCAAGGCACAGGCGUUGUGAUGACCGAGGAGGACCACCGGACAACGGUGAAGUCGGACUUAGGCCCCAUCCCACCGGACUUCAACCCUCAGGCCAGCCAUGCUCCAUACCUCCUCCGCUUCGCCAAGUUUGAGCUGGGCGCAGCCCUUCGAGCGUCUCAAGCUCCCGGGAUCCCCCUCUCUCAGCCCGUCUGCUUCGGCUCCACUGCAGCGUUGCAAAGCACAUGA